GAGCGGAAAUGCGGGUGGACGUGGGGGAGGUGCUGAGUCAGCGCCGCUUCUGCAACAAGGUCUGGAACGGGACCCGCUUCGUCCUGGGGGCCCUGGGGGGGGGAUUCCGGCCCCCCCACCCCGAGCAGGUCAUUCCCAGUGAUCCCAUGGAGCGCUGGGUGCUUUCCCGCCUGGCCGGGGCCGUAUCCGAGUGCAGCCGCCGCCUGGAAUCCCUGGAAUUGCACCUGGCCCUGGGGGCCGUGCAGCACUUCUGGCUCCGCAGCUUCUGCGACGUCUUCCUGGUGGGUUCCCAAAAAAUCCCCCUUUUCCCAGGGGUUCCAAAAAUCCCCCUUUCCUG